AAGACUUAAAAGGGAGAUGACCCCAGCUAGUUGAUGCCACCAGUGACUCCAGACGCCCCGGGCGAGGGGACCCCACGAGGGACCGCGGCGGGAAAGGCCCGCCGCUGGGGCAGCCUCGCGAGGCAGGCGCUCGCAGGCGAGAGGGAGAGCCGAGGAGCGCCCGGCAGCCGCGCCACCAUGUGCGAGCUGUACAGCAAGCAGGACACCCUGGCGCUGAGGAGGAAGCACAUCGGGCCCUCAUGCAAAGUGUUCUUUGCUGCGGAUCCCAUCAAAAUAGUGCGAGCCCAGGGGCAGUACAUGUUUGACGAGAGAGGUGAACAGUACCUGGACUGCAUCAACAACGUGGCGCACGUGGGACACUGUCACCCGGAAGUGGUCACGGCUGCCCUGAAACAGAUGGAACUGCUAAACACAAAUUCUCGAUUCCUUCAUGACAAUAUUGUUGAGUAUGCCAGGCGCCUUUCAGCAACCCUGCCGGAGACGCUCUCUGUUUGCUAUUUUACAAACUCAGGAUCUGAAGCCAAUGACUUAGCCUUACGCUUGGCUCGGCAGUUCAGAGGCCACCAAGAUGUGAUCACUCUUGACCAUGCUUACCAUGGUCACCUAUCAUCUUUAAUUGAGAUCAGUCCAUACAAAUUCCGAAAGGGCAAAGAUGUCAAGAAAGAAUUUGUGCAUGUGGCACCAACUCCAGAUACUUACAGAGGAAAAUACAGAGAAGAUCAUGCAGACCCAGCCGGCGCUUAUGCAGAUGAAGUGAAGAAAAUUAUUGAAGAAGCUCAUAACAGUGGAAGGAAGAUUGCUGCCUUUAUUGCUGAAUCCAUGCAGAGUUGUGGCGGACAAAUAAUUCCUCCAGCAGGCUACUUCCAGAAAGUGGCAGAAUAUGUACACAGAGCAGGAGGUGUGUUUAUAGCUGAUGAAGUUCAGGUGGGCUUUGGCCGAGUUGGGAAACAUUUCUGGAGCUUCCAAAUGCAUGGUGAAGAUUUUGUUCCAGACAUUGUCACGAUGGGGAAACCAAUGGGCAACGGCCACCCAAUGGCAUGCGUUGUAACAACCAAAGAAAUUGCAGAGGCCUUCAGCAGUUCUGGGAUGGAAUACUUCAAUACGUAUGGAGGAAAUCCAGUAUCUUCUGCUAUUGGUUUGGCUGUCCUGAAUGUAAUUGAAAGUGAAGACCUUCAAGGAAAUGCCACAAGAGUGGGGGAUUAUCUUACUGAAUUACUCAAUAAACAGAAGGCUAAACAUACUUUAAUAGGAGAUAUCAGGGGCAUUGGCCUGUUUAUCGGAAUUGACUUGGUGAAGGACCAGCAGAAAAGGACCCCCGCCACAGAUGAGGCUCAACAUGUCAUCUACAAGAUGAAAGAAAAGCAAGUGCUUCUCAGUGCCGAUGGACCUCAUAGAAAUGUGCUUAAAAUAAAACCACCUAUGUGCUUCACUGAAGAAGAUGCCAAGUUUAUGGUGGACCAACUCGAUGAGAUUCUAACAGUUGUGGAAGAAGCCAUCAGAGCCAGAAGUGAGAGUGUGACCUCUGAGAAUACUCCGUGCAGAACAAAGAUGCCUAACGAAGCACACUCGGAAUUGCUCGGUGAAGGCACCUCGGAUCCCAGAGAAAAUCCCAGCCGAAAGAGAAAUGGAUUGUGCACAGAUAAGCACUCGCUGCUCAGUAAGAGGCUCAAGACAUGAGAGAUUAACAUUUUAAAGCAGGAUAAAUAUCCAGGGUUAUAGAGAAUGAAUGGAAGUGUCUCUUCGGUUAGUACCUGUGUUGUACCCUCUAACAGUAGAAUUUGCAUUUCAUUUAGAUGUGUAAAUAAAAAGGUAACAGAGUGAAAAGAAUAAGCCAAGUGAAAAUCAAACCAUGUCAAGAUUAUUAGUUCAGCCUCUAGCCUGUUAAUUCCCUACUUGUGAUUUCUGAAAGUACUUUAUUUAUUCUACUAAACUUAUGAUUCAAACUGAA